UUCCUCUAAAUUCCUUGGCCUUGCCCAUAAUUUCAAUUUCUUCUAAUUUCUAGAUCUUUGGCUUUGCUCACAUACAACAAAAACAGCCUAUACCAUUGCUCUCUGCCUCUUAGAGGGUGACUUAUCCCCGUGUCGGUGACUCUUCCUUUGCCAACCUCCUUAUCCCAUGUCGUAAAUGGCCGCGUCUUGCACUCCUUGCGCCUCUACCAAACCCUCUUUCCUCAGCAUGCUACCGCGGCCUGAACUGGUGGUAUUCCCGUAUGAGACCAAGCUUCCUCCCCCACAUAGCCGCUCCCUUGCAACCUCCCUUACCUGGCUCAACCCGUCAAGAAGCAGCCUUUAGCCUUUUCACUUGCCCCCUACACCCUCCCUUUUCCACCCAGCAGCCGCACCACUCAUGGCAUGUUCCCCAGAUAAAUUAGAAAUCAAAAA